AUGAAUGGCUACAGUAAUCCGGAUACGAGGCUCGAAACCGCGAUAGCCGAAUGCGAUUUUAUGCGAAAAUGGCCGGGCUAUUCGACGAAGGCGAUGAGAAAUGACAUCGAUGCGAUUUUUGAGCUGGCGUCGAAUCCGGACGCCAUCGAUUUUCGUGAUGAUCAUCGUCGAGGCCUGGAGCUUCUGCUGGUUCUCGAAGCGAAACGAGCCUACGACGAACGCCUCGCCGGCUUAUUCUGCGACGAUUGGUUCGAUUUGGACAGUCCGGCGGAUCUCGUCAAAAUGCUGACGGCGCCGAAUCAGCCGAUUCCGCAAACGCUUCUCUGGAAUCUGAUGAGUCGAGUUUGCGGCAACGAAAUCGAGCUGAUCGACGCGCGUCAAAUGUCGGAGGAGAUUGCGAUUCGGCGAUUCGCGACGUGCUCGCCGAGCUCAUCACCGUCGGCGGGUCUCGUGUGGAUCCUUCUUGGACGACAGCCAACCCCGUUGUUUUAUAUUCCUGACGAUGACUAA